AUGUCAGUUCCUUUAGCUAAACCAGAGGAGGUUGUGCCUCUGAAUACGUUAGGCAAGAAAGAAGAUGCUGCUGACAAAGAUGACGUGACACCUCAGUUGAAAGUUUACAAACAGAGAUGGCUUGUUCUAGCUGUUAUAGUUCUUCUGAACAAUACGAAUACCAUGUCCUGGAUUUCGUUUGCUCCAGUGUCGAACUAUGUAAAUGCUUUCUACGGGGAAAGCAGUGCAAGCUGGUUUUCUGUGGUGUAUAUGAUAAUGACGAUUCCUGUUGGAUGCUUCGCUAUGUGGGCUGGAGGAAAGUUCGGCUUGCGUUCCGCUGUGCUCAUAGCUGCAUGGACCAAUGGUAUCGGUGCUUUAAUUCGUUUAUCCUCAUCAUUCCUUCCUGUUCAUCUACGUUUCCCUGUUGGUAUAACUGGACAAGCCAUUGCUGCUAUAGCUUAUCCCUUUAUCAUGUUUUUACCGACAAAAGUAGCAGGAUCUUGGUUCCCUGAAAAUCAACGAACUUUGGCUACUACUUUCGGAGUUAUGUCAAAUCCUCUCGGAGUUCUGAUGGCUAACUUGAUCUCUCCGCAAAUUGUGAAAAACCCUGAACAAGUAGUUUACCUCAACAUUUUUACGUUUGUACCAUCGUUCGCUGCUAUGGUUCUGGCAACGAUCGGGGUAAACCGAAGCAACCCAAAGUUACCUCCCACAAUCAGUGCUGCUCAACAACAGUCAGGCUUUUGGGAAGGCUUGAAAGCCUCUUUGGGCAACAAGCAAUAUCUGAUUCUUCUUCUUGUAAUGGGAGGAGGAAUAGGAAUGUUCAACUGUCUGUACACCGUUAUGCAGGAACUUCUUUGUCCUACUGGAUAUUCUAACUCUUUCGCCGGACUCUGUGCUGCUUUAAUGAUUGUUGGUGGAGUCGUUGGAGCUUCAAUCAGUGGUGUUUUCGUUGAUAGGACGAAAAUGUACGAAGAAACUUUGAAGGUUGCCAUGGGGGCUGCUGUUAUCUGCGGAUUGAUCUUCAUGCAGUUAACCCUUCACAGUGGACUAUCAUUUUAUCUUGCAAUUGCUUGUUUGCUCUUUGGAGUUUUUGGUCUAGCAACUUAUCCAGUUGGGCUAGAAUUGGCAUCUGAAUGUACAUACCCCACCUCAGAAGCAACUUCCACAGGACUGAUUGUUCUGUCCGGACAGAUCCAAAGUGUUAUAUAUGUUAUGGUAAUGAAGCAGUUCGCUCGACCCCUCCAACCUGAUCGUUACCAACAUCAAGUUUGCCAAUUGGAUGAAAAUGACACACUCAAUGAACCUAAGGAUAGAACUAACUCUGUUAUGGUGUUCUCUGUUAUCGCUUCUGCCCUUGUCCUCUUUUUGGUUGUUCUCUUCAAACCAAUUUACAAACGACAUGAAGCUGAAAAUUCUAAUCGUGCACGACAAGAUAAAGAAAAGUUAACUGAGCCGCUUAAUGCUUAA